AGCGGCGUUGGGCUCAAGGCGAAAACGCGCGCGUACGGUUGGCCGCGAUGGUGAACAUCCCGAAGACCCGCAACACCUACUGCCGCAAGUGCAAGAAGCACACCACUCACAAGGUGUCCCAGUACAAGACGGGCAAGGCCUCGCUGAGCGCCCAGGGCAAGAGACGCUACGACAAGAAGCAGGCCGGCUUUGGCGGGCAGACGAAACCCGUGUUCCACAAGAAGGCGAAGACCACCAAGAAGAUCGUGCUCAAGUUUGAGUGCACCAAGUGCAAGGCGAAGCGGAUGAAGCCCAUCAAGCGCACCAAGCACUUCGAGCUGGGCACGGACUCGAAGAAAGGCAAGAACGAGUACGGCAGCAAGUACCGGUGAGGGCCUGCGGACGGGCAGGCGCCCACGGGCGGCCGCGGCAGCGCUCCCGGCGCGUGGCGCCUCCAGGCUCGUCUCCAG